CAGGAACCGUGGCGCGCGGUGGUAGUGUCGCUUUGUUUCGUGAAGUAACAUUGAUAAUAUCAAUGUUUAUAAACACAUUUUGAUAAGAAACAGAAAUCAAAACGUCUAUUCAUGAAUAAAAUCAAAGAGUUUCGUAGAUUUACGUGUUAAUUCGCGAGUUUAUUUAGUUUUUCUGUUGGAUUUGUACGUUUUAUUCGAGUGUGUAAUCUUGUAUCGGCGAGAACUCAGCAUCGUUGAUUCUGUUGGGACGGUGGAUGAAAAUGUGAAACAAAUGUGUGUUUGUGAACUUUACGUGGUGCUGGACUUGGAGUUGGUACUUUGAGACGAUUGUGGUGGUUCAGAGUUGGGCCAAUAUGAGGUGUUUUGUGUUCGUCUUACUAUUGCCUGCGUGCCUGGCACACCUCAAUGUUUACCUGAGUAGCGCCGAAGUGUGGAGGUUAUUGGGUUUGACUGCUGAGCUGUUCUACGUCCGAGAUGGCCAGAUCAACGAGUAUGCACUUAACUUCGUGGUGCCUGUUCCUGCUACCAUCACGGACUUGCAUUUCACCUGGCAAAGCCUUACUAGGAAACCGUUACCAUACACACUACACGUCGACGUAACGGAUCAACAGAAUGCUAUGCACCCGCCUACCGUCAAUAUAUCAAACGAGGGCUUCGUGCCGACAGAGCCACAAACAUGGCGAGUGGACUUGCCUUGUACGCACACUGUCGCCGCUGAAGUAGACAUCAUUAUAUUUUUGAACGUAUCGACGGGUUCUUCUUCAUCUGCAUUGCGAUUUAGAAGAAAGAAAAUAUGUCUAAAGGAGGCACCGAGACCGGCUGUGAGAGUGGAUAGUGUCCCGCAUGCGCCUACGUCAGCUGACAUAUUUUACGCGGGAGCUGGUUGUGCUGGCGGAGCACUGCUAAUAGCUGCAGUUGCUGCAGCUGCUUGUCGAGCACGAGCGCGAAAGUUACGACGCGCAAGAAGCGAUGAACAAGACGCUCACGCAUUCUUACCAGACUCGUCCUGUAAGUCUGCUGCCAGUUAUACCAGCUACCGACGUCCUACCUCACUGCCUGCUGCGGCAGCUGAAGAAAAAGCUAGAGACCUACAGCAAAGAAUAGCGGAACUGACGAUACAACGGUGCAGAGUGAGAUUGCGUUCUGUGGCCAUGGAAGGAACUUUUGGACGCGUAUAUAGAGGAACCUAUGCUGAUGAAGACGCAAGGGAACAAGAAGUGCUUGUGAAGACUGUCGCUGAACACGCUUCUCAAGUGCAGGUGUCACUGCUACUUCAGGAGGGCUGCAUGUUAUAUGGACUUCAUCAUGAACGGGUAUUGUCGGUCUUGGGUGUCAGUAUCGAAGACCAAACAGCUCCAUUCUUGUUAUACCCCUGGAACUCAACAUGGAGGAACUUGAAGCAGUUCCUUUUGGCCUGUCGUGGUGUGACUGUGGGAGGUGCAGCGGGCGGGGCUCCACCACCGCCGCCUCUGACGACGCAACAUGUUGUCAGAAUGGCUCUCCAUGCAUUGGAUGGACUACUCUACCUUCACUCUCAGCAUGUCUUGCAUAAAGACAUCGCUGCUAGGAAUUGCAUAGUUGACGAAAAUCUCCGAGUGAUGAUUGCGGACAACGCUUUGUCAAGAGAUUUGUUCCCUGCUGACUACCACUGUCUCGGCGACAAUGAGAACAGGCCAAUCAAAUGGUUGGCACUAGAAGCUCUGACGAAGAGACAGUUCAGCCCAGCCGCUGAUGUCUGGGCGCUAGGAGUUUUAUUAUGGGAGCUGACGACGUUAGCGCAUCAGCCUUAUGCUGAGGUAGAUCCCUUCGAAGUAGCUGCCUAUCUAAGGGACGGCUACCGGUUACAGCAGCCAGCCAAUUGCCCAGAUGAAUUGUUCGCGGUGAUGGCGUACUGUUGGGCGAUGUCGCCGGACGACCGGCCGACGUUGCCGCAGCUUCAGAUCUUCCUGCGGGACUUCCACACACAACUCACGAGAUUCGUGUAAACCAUUCCUUAGAAACUUUUAAAGACAUCCCAAAGACGACAAUAAAGUGUUAAGUACUUCAAGUUGAAAUGUUGGACACGAGGCCUUACAGUGAAGUGCGAGUGACAGUGUUCGUGUACAGUGACAAAGUUAAAGAGACUGAUUUUUAUACGUUUAUUGAGUUGUAAAUUAUUUAAUUCACAUAGUUAUCACAUAUUUAGUUUUUAUCUUCAUGUGCUGUAUUUUACUAAGGAUUUACUGUUUUGACCGUGAUUUUGAAAAAUGAUAGUAAUCUCCAGAACGCUGUUUUAGCGAAAAUAAUGCCAAUAAAAUACUUGAUAAAGAUUGAUCAAUUUAGGUCGUACUGACAUAAAAGUCGUAAAGAAAUAACAGUAUGCCAUAUUUGAUAGUGAACACCAAAUGUAGCAAUUAUUCUAUUUAGAACGAUCUCAUUUAGUAGUGUUAUUUGUAACAAAUUACCAACAACAUAUGGCAAACGAAUGCAGUGUAGCGAAUGAAGUAAGCUUGCUCAGCUGAGCAUGAUGUCUCAGGAAUUAUUGAACAAAAUAUAGCCAAAACAGUAUUUCCUUUAAGUUCCUUCAAAACCGAGAUAAAUUCAUAAUUGUUUUGUUUUCCUACGAUAAAACCAUUUCUUUGAUUCGAUUAAAUAGUUAUUAACGUUUCAAUAGUAUUUAUUACACAUUGUCGAAUUAAAGAAGUCAGGUCGUUCAAGAACUUACAACCGUACUUUUUAUUUGAACCGAAAAAUAUCCUUUCGCCGAUUUUUCGGGUUAAAUCAAAAGUCGUACUGGCUAUCAUAAUUACCAAGGACAUUGAAAAAAAUGCGGACACAGUCUCUUGAAAAACGACUGUGGCACCUGGUUACUAUAAAUUCACACGCAAAAUACACACACAUUGACACGAAGGACAUCUGUGACAUGGCCCGCCAUUACACUUCUUUAUGUCGCGGAGAACCUAACGGGUAACCGGGGCUCCAGCUCGAAGUGAGAAGGAUCGGGGUGGUUUUUAGUCAGUA